GCAGGGAGGGAGUGUACACAGAUAAAGGCUGGGCAGAGCAAAGAAUAAUUGUGCUUGGAACAUUUGAAGUUUUGGAACUGCAAAAUCUGAGAAGAAAACUGCAGACUGACAUAGAUCAAGGUGAUUCCUCAACCCUGCAUUCUUCUGAAAGAGAGGUGGGAAAGAUGACAGGAGCAAAAAGGAAGAGAAAUGCAAUCUGGAGGAAGAUGCAGGCUGUUGGCUUUGAAGAUGUCAAAGCCUGGUGUCUGAGGAGGCUGCCUGUUGUGAGGUGGCUGCCCAUCUACAACUGGAAGGAAAAUCUGAUUCCUGAUACAGUUUCUGGGAUGAUGCUGGCCAUCCAACAAGUGACUCAAGGGCUGGCCUUUGCAAUCCUGUCUUCAGUCCACCCUGUUUUUGGUUUAUAUGGAUCGUUCUUCCCUGCCAUUAUCUAUGCCGUAUUUGGAAUGGGACGUCACGUUGCGACAGGAACCUUUGCUUUGACCUCUUUAAUCUCUGCCAACGCAGUCGAGCGUCUUGUUCCCUCAGUCGGCGCUAACAUCACCAUGAACAAUCAUUCCAGAGCGCUGGGACUCUCAGAGUUUGAAAUGCAGAGGAUUGGAGUUGCAGCAGCAGUUUCAUUUCUAGGAGGAAUCAUUCAGGUAGCCAUGUUUGUGCUGCAGCUGGGCAGUGCCACUUUCUUGUUAACAGAACCGGUGAUAAGCGCAAUGACAACAGGAGCAGCUACACAUGUUGUGACUUCCCAAGUGAAGUAUCUGCUGGGAAUGAAAAUGCCAUAUAUAUCAGGGCCACUGGGAUUUUUUCAUAUUUAUGCCUAUGUGUUUGAAAACAUCAGAUCAGUUCAGUUGGAGGCUUUACUUCUCUCCUUGCUGAGCAUUGUGGUGCUUGUUCUUGUUAAAGAACUGAAUGAGAAAUUCCAGAGAAACAUUAAAAUCAUUCUUCCCAUCGAUCUGCUUUUGAUAAUUGCUACAUCCAUUGCCUGCUGCUAUGCUGAUAUGGAAUACAUCUAUGGACUAGAAGUUGUGGGACAUAUUCCUGAAGGCUUACCAUCACCAAAAGUACCACCCAUGAGUGUCCUACCUGAAGUAGUCACUGAAGCUUUUGGAGUAGCACUGGUUGGUUACGUAGCAUCGCUAGCACUUGCUCAGGGCUCUGCUAAGAAGUUUAAAUACACUGUGGAUGAGAACCAGGAGUUUUUGGCUCAUGGCCUCAGCAACGUGAUUCCAUCGUUUUUCUUUUGCAUACCAAGUGCUGCAGCAAUGGGAAGGACGACACUUUUGUACAGUACUGGUGCCAGAACACAGGUGGCUUGCCUUAUCUCUUGUGUGUUAAUUCUUGUGGUGAUCUAUGCAGUUGGACCUAUGCUGUACUGGCUGCCUAUGUGUGUGCUAGCGAGCAUUAUUGUCGUGGGCUUGAAGGGGAUGCUCAUGCAGUUCCGUGACUUAAAAAAGUAUUGGAAUGUGGAUAAAAUAGACUGGAGCAUAUGGGUCAGUACCUAUGUGAUCACCAUAUGCUUUGCUGCUAACGUGGGACUGCUGUAUGGCAUUGUCUGCACCCUAGUCGUCGUCAUUUUCCGCUUUCCCAGGGCAAAGACACUGAAUCUGAAAGAUGUAAAAGAAGUGGAAUAUAAAUACAAGACAGAGGACAAUUCUGAAUCAUUAAAACAAAUAAAGAUUGUUUCAGUCAACAACCCUUUAGUCUUUCUGAAUGCCAGGAAAUUUCACACUGACCUGAUAAAGAUAAUCCAAAAGGAUAGCAGGAGCAGCCAGCCCUGUGAAGACCUGAACAAGUGUGAGCACAACACAUUGCUCUGCUCAUUUUCCAGUGGAAGCUGCCAUGGUGAGUCGUUGCGAUCACGUCACGACGAGCCACACGUGUUGGUGUUAGACUGCAGUGGACUGCAGCUCUUUGACUACACUGGAGUUUCAGUGCUGCUUGAGGUUUACACGGACUGUAAAAGGAGGCACAUCGAUGUGCUGCUAGCACACUGCAAAGCUUCCUUGAUCAAAGCAAUGCAGUACGGUGGGAAGCUGGAAUCUGAAAAUCCUGUCUUCUUUGAAUCAGUUUCUUCAGCAAUCGAUGCCAUUCAGAUUCACAGAGUGAGGCUUGCAACAGGGAAUUACAGCAAGUUCAGUGAACAGAGUGAAGUUUGAUACCAACCUAUUGAAUAUGGCUGGUUUUAUCUACUCAAUCAGAAUGAACUACACCAUGCUUUCUCCUUAGCUUUUUUUUUUCCCCUCCAGGGGAUCUCAUAGAUGAUCUUUUGUAUCCCAUAUCUAUUUAAUGCAUUCAGUAAUGACACUCUUGCCACGCAGAAAAAAACCCAAACAAUCUUUUGGCUGCCAUCAGCAAUUGUUCUAUAGUGGUUUUAUAUCGUAUUUUGAUAUACAUUUAGAUCCACGUUACUAGAAAGCAAACGUGAGGUACUUAACUGUGUUUACCAGUGAAGUGUAUUCUUUUAUGUAUCUUCUGUUGUAACAUUAGUUGUAAUAUGCAUCAGUAGUUUUGUGCAUGGAAUAAUGAGACAUUAUGAAUUCUUAAACCCAGUGUGUUUUAAUUGACUUGGUGCAUGCAGGAAGCCACGUACCAGUGCAUACUUUUGUUUCUAAUGCCUUCACUUAUCCUUUCUCCUGUUCAAGGCAGCCUUUUGCAAUAACAACAUCAUAUCACAGCUAAUAUGUUCUUCCAUUUUUUUUGUACUUGGCUUUGUAUGAUUUUUAAUGCCUGACAAGGUCAGUGGGAGCACUCUGUAUUCAGAGAAUGCAGAUGUUAUGUUGACUAAG